AUUGCUCUCAUCCACCAUCUCAUCCUUUCAAACGAAGCAAGAUUUCAUACAAUUUUGCUAACAUGGCAGAGAUCUAUGCCAAACUACUUAUGCGAUCCACCUUCAACCACUACGCUGCAAAAGACGGAGUGCGAGAGACUUUGAGCAAAGGAGAACUUGCUGAAAUGCUCCGCAAAGAGAUUCCUGGGGCAGCAAACUUGACAGAUGUGAAGGUGAAUGAGUUCUUCCGUACACUGGAUGCCAAUCAUGAUGGAUGUGUUGACUUUGAUGAGUAUAGAAAGAUUGUGAAUAUCUUGUUUGAACUCAUCGGUUAAUCAUGAAUGAAAAGUUGUUUAAACACACAGAAGACUCAUGGCUUGUUUUGUAUACUUCACUUUACAUGUGCUGUCUCUGAGUGUGUUUUACUGAUUCUGAAUGUCAUAAGUGAUUAACAAAGAAACAAAAAUAAAUGUUGUCACAUUUUA